AUGGUUGGGACGGCCAAAAAGUUGCCUAAGGUUAAUAUAGCAAUAGUUGGGUCCAGCCGAAAGCCCUACCGGCCGGCCUGCACUGCAGAGGACAUGGUGGAUGGAAAAAUCGAGAAGAAUAUUGUCAAAGAUUCUGCCAUGGAAUUUGUGACUGCAGUACUGGGUACUUUAAUUGCGGAUGCUUGUCCACGUCUCUGUGGCUAUGUUUAUUCUAAAAUUCGGAAUUCAUUCAGAUUUCAGUUGAAUUUCAAUGAUCUCGAAAGCCAUAUGAAUCUUCUAACAGAAUUAAGGUCGCAGGUGGAAACGGAACUUGAUGAAUCGGUUUGGACCACCCAAGUACGAGGGUGGCUUCUAGAGGUUCAAGGGAUUGAGGGGGAGGUGAACUCCAUGAAUGGAAGCAUAGCAGCCAGAAACCAAAACUGUUGUGGAGGCAUCUUAAAUCGUUGUAUGCGUGGUGGGGAACUGGCAGAAAGGCUCAAGAAGGUUCAGAGAAUUCACAGCGUGGGUAUGAGCAUGGUGGCUGCAAAUCGUCGUGAAAGACCAGCGGAGCAUAUCCCAGAUCUAAUGACUGAAGAUCAGACCACAGAAGUGGAGCAUAUUCCAGGACCAUCAGUUGAAGAUCAAGCAACAGCAGUGGGGCAUAUCCUGCGUCCAUCCAUAGAAUAUCAAACAACAGCAGUGGAGCACAUUCCUGCGCCAUCAAUUGAAGAUCAAACAACAGCAUCGCUCAUUUUAGCGAAACUUAUGAAUCUGCUGAAUGAUGAUGAAGUAGGGAGGAUUGGAGUUUGGGGUAUGGGGGGAGUGGGAAAAACAACCCUGGUAAAGAACUUGAACAACAAGCUUAGGAAUGAUUCUUCAACACGACCUUUUGGCAUUGUUAUAUGGAUUACGGUGUCCAAGCAGUUGGACUUAGCGAGGAUCCAAACACAAAUAGCUCAGAGAGUGAAUAUGGGAGUGAAUAUGAAUGAAAGCACUGAGAGUGUGGCUAGUAAAUUGCAUCAGAGGCUGGAGCAGCAAAACAAGUUUCUGCUUAUUCUUGACGAUGUUUGGGAGGAAAUUGCUUUGGAUGCUUUAGGUGUCCCAAGGCCUGAAGUUCAUGGGGGAUGUAAGAUCAUAUUGACGACUAGAUUUUUUGAUGUUUGUCGGGAUAUGAAGACAGAUGCAGUAUUGAAAAUGGAUGUCCUAAAUGAUGUAGAGGCAUGGGAAUUGUUUUGUCAAAAUGCAGGCACGGUAGCCACCUUAGAACAUAUUAAACCUUUAGCCAAGGAAGUUGCCAGAGAAUGUGGUGGUUUGCCUUUGGCAAUAAUCGUCAUGGGGACAUCUAUGAGGGAAAAGAAAAUGGUUGAACUCUGGAAGGAUGCCUUAAGCGAGCUGCAAAACUCGGUGCCCUAUAAUAUCAAAGGAAUCGAGGAUAAGGUUUAUAAGCCCUUGAAGUGGAGUUACGACUCAUUAGGUAAUAAUAUCAAAUCUUGCUUCCUGUAUUGCUCUCUAUAUCCUGAGGAUUUCUCUAUUGAAAUAAGAGAACUUGUACAAUGCUGGCUGGCCGAAGGUCUCAUAGAUAAACAAAAGAACUACGAUGAUAUACACAAUAGGGGAGCUGCUGUAGUUGAAUAUUUGAAAGACUGUUGUUUGUUGGAAGAUGGUCACCUUAAGGAUACAGUGAAAAUGCAUGAUGUAAUUCGGGAUGUGGCAAUAUGGAUUGCAACAUCCGUGGAGGUUAAAUAUAAAUCCCUUGUUCGAUCAGGAAUUAGUUUGAGCCAGAUUUCAGAGGGUGAAUUGUCAAGGUCUGUCAGGAGAGUAUCUUUCAUGUUUAAUAGAAUAAAAGAGCUACCUGAUGGUGUUCCACUGUGUUCAAAGGCAUCAACAUUGCUUCUACAAGACAAUCUCUUUCUUCAGAGAGUUCCCCAAGGAUUCCUGAUAGCAUUUCAAGCGCUCAAGGUCUUGAAUAUGGGUGGAACCCAGAUCUGCAGAUUGCCUGACUCCAUUUGCUUACUUCAUCAACUUGAGGCUCUUCUUUUACGGGACUGUUCUCAUCUUCAAGAAAUACCUCCACUAGAUGGGCUUCAAAAACUACUAGUGCUUGAUUGUUGUGCCACUCGCGUCAAGGAAUUGCCAAAAGGGAUGGAGCGAUUGAGUAACUUAAAGGAAUUAAACCUAUCAUGCACGCAGUACCUGGAAACUGUACAAGCUGGAGUAAUGUCAGAGUUGUCCGGUUUAGAAGUUCUAGACAUGACAGAUAGUAGUUACAAAUGGAGCUUGAAAAGAAGGGCUGAAAAGGGAAAAGCAGUGUUUGAGGAGCUAGGAUGCCUAGAGAAGUUAAUUUCUGUAUCAAUUGGUCUGAACGACAUCCCAUUUCCGGUCAAGAAGCAUACCUGGAUACAAAAAUUGAAACGCUCCCAAUUUCUUAUGGGCCCAACUGAUUGCGAAAUUGAUAAAACAACCAAAUUCAACGAAAGGCAGGUGAUCUUCAUUAGUCUUAAUUAUCUCUCAAAAGAAUGGGAUAUUCUGUGGUGGUUAACCAAUGCAACUUCUCUAGCUUUGAUUUCUUGCAGUGGACUAGAUAAAAUGGUGGAAACCUUAGCAAUGAAAAGCGUUCAUUGCUUUGGUUGCUUGAAAUCACUUACUAUCAGCCACGCUCAAAUCACCUUUGGGCCGGAAGAAGCAUGGGGUGCCCGAAAUGACCUACUGCCAAAUAUGGAGGAGCUUAAACUUAAGUAUGUCCUUGGACUAAAGAGCAUCUCAGAGUUGGUUGCUCGUCUUGGACUCAAACUCUCAAAACUUAGAGUACUUAAGGUGUUUGAUUGCUACAGUUUGGAUUAUCUUUUCUCCUGCAUUGAUUUUUCUCAAACUCCAAACCUUGAAAACCUGGAAGAGAUCGGAUUAAGUUGCUUAUACCUGGAUGAUCUAUUUGUAUACGGUUCAAGACAGACCUCAGUUCCAAGUCCAGUUGCUCCAAACUUGCGGAGAAUAUACCUGGAUGGUGUCGAAAAUCUGAAGACUUUGGGCAGGCCAAAAGAGCUAUGGCAGAAUCUGGAGACUUUUCUAGCCUCGGAAUGUAAAAGUUUGAAGAAGCUACCUCUCAAUAGCCAAAGUGCAAAUACCCUAAAAGAAAUAAAAGGAGAAUUGUGGUGGUGGAAUCAAUUGGAGUGGGAUGAUGAUGAUACCCGGUCCAGCCUCCAGCCUUUUUUCAAUGAGCGGGGUGCACCCUAA